CCUCAGUCAGUCCCGCCAUUAUCGUCAUUUUACACUCGCCAGCUUAUCUUUACGAUCCUCCAUUCAUUCGCCAAUAUGAUCUCUACUACUACCCUGACUCGCGCCGCCCGUGUUGCCUUCCAAGGCUAUCUUACAGUCGCUUUCUUCAAAAAAAUCGUCGUCGACCGCACUAUUCAGGUCGUGUCCAGAUCAGAGAAGGUCUCCAUUAGCCUUGUCACAUCCACUGUCUGCUCCUCGACAGCCGUUCUUCUCAUAGCCACCACCAAAGCUGCUCAACAAUUCCUCAGCGAUGACUUCCAACGCGUUCCCGCUCAUAAGGAUGUCGACGAUACCGCUGAACCCAACGCACGUUUUGCUGGCGGCAAAGUUGCGGAUGCUAUCUCAACCAAGGCUUCCGGAGCACCAGCUCAGCUACCCUCGUCGCAUGCAGUGAUUGAAUUGAUUGAAUCUGCCUUUGACGGUCCUACCGAAGGCUUAUCAACAAUUGAUUCUGACACGACACUCGUAGCCUGCGACGAAGACUUGGCUGAGGACGUUUUCUCUGAUCGCGUCUCAGACACCACAGACCUUGACUCGGAGUCGCUUGCUGACGAAAGCGCUUUCUAUGAGGACGACUGUCAGGCUACAGCACAGUGCCUCACAGACGACGAACCGGAACACACUUUGCACGCCGAAUAUGACUCUCAGACUAUCAACAAUCUAAUCCAAAGAAUAUCGACUCUUUCUCUCGAUGAUGUACCGUCUCAUUUAUUAAGUCUUUCUCUCGACAAUGUACCUCCUCCCAUUUCAACACACUCUCUCGACGAUGUACCUUCUCCCAUUUCGACUAUUUCUCUCGACAAUGUACUCUCUCACAUCUUAACUAUCUCUCUCGACGAUGUAGCCUCUUACGCUUCAACUAUUUCUCUCGAAAAUGUACCCCCUCAUAUUUCAACCCUCCCUCUCGAUAAUGUGCCCUCUCCCAUUCCAACUUUCCCUCUCGACGAUGUACCCCCUCAUAUUUCAACUCUCCCUCUCGAUGACGUACCCCCUCAUAUUUCAACUCUCCCUCUCGACGACGUACCUUCUCCCAUUUCAUCUAUCUCUCUCGACAAUGUACCCUCUCACAUUUCAACUAUCUCUCUUGACGAUGUACCUUAUCAUUUAUCUCCUCUCGACAAUGGUUCCCCUCAGUCAUCGAAAUGUCAGCCUCAACCCACUGCAGUACACGACCACGUUAUCGACGACCUAAUUCAAAAAAUGGUAGCUCUUUCUCUGCACGACCAUGCCUUCGAUGCUCUACCCCAAAAGCCAGAGGUUCUUACUCUCGACGGCAACCACGCUAUCGAUGUUCUACUGCACAAAUCAGAGUCUCUUACUGUCGACGACGACCACGCUACUGACGCUCUACUGCAAAAGUCAGAGGCUCUUGCUCUCGACGAAAACUCCACUAUCAACGCUCCUGCUCUCAACAACAACUACGCUGUCGAUGCUUCACUGCACAAAUUUGAAGCGCUUACUCUGGACGACGGCCACGCUACUGACUGCUCUACUGCAAAAAUCAGAGGCUCUUGCUCUCAACGAAAACCCCGCUAUCAACGCUCCUGCUCUUGACGACAACUACGCUGUCGACGCUUUACUGCACAAAUUUGAAGCGCUUUCUCUCGACGACGACGCUAUUGACGCUCUACUGCACAAAUCAGACGCUCAUAUUCUUGACGACGAUGCCUCUCAGCUACCGAAACGCAUGCUACAUGAUAACAUUAAUGACAGUCCCAGUCGCCGGCACUUGCACACCACCGACACCUUACUUCGAAGUCUCGAGAUUGUCCAUCCUCGGAAUUUCAACUA